UCUAUUAUUAUGCAAUUAGGGCAAGGCUGCUGGUAGCCAAUGAAAGUAUUCAGAGCAAAGCAUUGAAGAACACCAGGAAGAAAUCAUGGAGUUCGCUGCUUUGGCUGUACUGCUGUUGGCGGCUGUGGUCAGUUCCACACCUGGAGAGCAUAGCACCCGCGACAGUUCGUCACAAGAAGCUACUCUGAUCUUUGAGCAUCAUGAGAAGGAUACCGAAUACAACCAAGUUGCUAUCUCACGGAAAGGAUAUGUGGCGGCCAGCACAGGGGUGUUCACACCUGAGAUUGUUGAGGUCUAUCAAAUCAAAGCUGAUCAUGCAACCCGCAUCAUAGUCGAGAAAUUUACUUCUGGUUAUAAGCGUCCUCUGGGCAUUGUCGCCAUGUCAAAGGACUCAACGAUCUGCGUCGGAAUCCUUAACCCGAAGCAGGACAUUUACACAUUUGUUUACAUCUGGGAUGUUCAAAACUCAUCAAAUCCAGUGUGGUACCGCCAGGAGAAGUACAUGGUGGCCGUGGCAGCAUACGUGGCAGCUGAUGGCUCAGUUAUUACACUGUUAGAACGCAAAUUUGUUGAUUACAAAAAUGAAACCUUUAUCACUAUGCUCAGUAAUACUGGAGAACUCUUGGGUCGCACUCCAUUGGGCAAAUUUGAUAACCAAUCUGUCAUAGGCGUGAGUCCAGAUGGCAAUUAUGUUGCCGUCAUCACGGGCUCGGUCUUGACUAUCCAUCAGUACAUCCAAGGCAAGGCUGGGCGGACCUUCGAGAUCGAAAUGGACCAACACAGCAACUUUGUAGUAGUCUCCGCGUGCGGAGAGUUUGUCGUGGUGAAGGCAGUCCGUUGUGCGCUUGUCUAUCGCAAGAGUCCCGGAUUAAAUCUGAAGUACACUUUAACCACUCUAGAGGGACCUGACGGUUUUAACCUCUUUGCCAUGGCCUUCUCUCCAGAGGGCACUCGCCUUGCCAUCACCUGGCGAGGAGAAUACCCCCAGAUCCAGAAUUCUCUUGUAGUGUACGACCUGCCCGGACUCUAUAGCGUAUACAGCUACGUAUUUCCGCGCCUGAAAUGGAAUUUGGACAACGAUCCAGUGGCCGUGGCACUCUCGUCUGAUGGCGAAUACGUCGCAAUUGGAACACUUGGGACGCCAGAUGAUCUGGGCCAAAUCAAUGGUACACAGCAAUUCCAGGUGUUCAAGGUGGGCGAGCCGCAGCCAGUCCUGAAGAAGUUCACGCCUGGAUCCGUUGUCUCCGUCGACGUCAUGCAGAACUCUGACGGCGGUGUGUAUGCGGUGGCUGCUGACUCGCAGCAGUUUAAUGAUGUCACAGCGGGUGGUGACAUCUUCAUCUAUAACAUCCCCAAGGCUUAGCAACGAGAUAAGACAGCGGAGGCGGAAUUUGACUAGCCCCUUGUGGAGUAGGCUACUUUGUACAGUACAUAGGACUACAUGUAGACAAUCUCUCACGGCUAGUGAGAAAUGCUGGAUAGCACAUGCAUUUCCCCUAGCACUGCUCAGUCGCAUUUCUUUUGCUAUCAAUUGCAAGAAUAACAUUUCAAUAAAGAAUGUUACCAGCA